CAAUUCAGUCAUGCGUGACCAGCUCAACUCCAGUGUUCUGGUGUGGAAUUUAGCAUAAGGCAUUUCAAUGGUCAGAUAUGGCUGAACGUAAUGAGCUAACUCCAAAGGAGAUACGUUCAUUUUUCUUCUUCAAAACAGGAAGUAUCUGGAAGAGGAAGUCCACAGAGGAGAGCUGCUGGUCACACUGGGCUGGCGCGCACGUAGCAGCUUCGAAGAGGCUCUUCGCAGCCAGUACAACUUGCAGCAUCUAUAUAAGGCAGCACCAUCGGAUCCUGAUCUAUCACCUUCAACAAGCUCAUCUACCAACCCAGCAAACUAAAACCCCACUUCCCAAGCAAACAAUUCCUAGACAAGACACUGCUCAAAUGGCAUCCCAGCUGGUCGAGAGCCACCGUGCCGGUGCCGAGGUCCACAAGGGGAACGAUAUCUGCAAGAAGAAGACGGUUGAGCUUCUCGAAGAGCUCGGCCUCCCAAAAGGCCUCUUUCCUAUGGAUGACAUCGAGGAGGUCGGGCACAACUGUGAGACUGGGUUCGUCUGGAUAGUCCAGAAGAAGAAGAAAGAACACACAUUCCGGAAGAUCAACCAGACCGUCUCCUACGACACCGAGGUGACCGCUUUUGUGGAGAAGGGCAAGAUCAAGGAGGUCACCGGGGUCAAGAUCGAGGCGCUCUCUUUGGUCGAGGUCUCUGUGGAUGAGUCUUCUGCUGAUAAGGUCACUGUCAAGACCGACACCGGUCUGUCUGACACCCAUGAUGCGUCCGCGUUCGCGCUCUGGGAAUAGGGAGCUACUAGCUAAAAAGACCAGAAGAAUAAAGUCAGUGAAUGGUUCGGCACUAAGUUCACGUGUUAUGGAGAAGUAUAUGUUUCCGUUGUCUUUGUAAUCUAAUAAAAGGCUGCUACAUGAAUGUUGCUUCCUUUCAGCCCGUAAGCAUUCGCCAAAUGUAAUGAAUAACACUUAUAUCGCCUUCUAUA